AUCCGAAGAAGACGACGUAGAACAAGAGGAACAAGAGUCGGAUGAUGAUGGAAGCCCUUCCUCUAGUUGUAGUGACAAAGACGAGUAUGACCAGUAAAAACAGUAUUAGAAUUAUGGUUUAACCUGAUUGAGAUAUCUGAAAAAGCAUACGGUUCAAAGCAACCACAAACAACUACUGUGGGACAGUUGAUUUGUGCUAGCAGAAACAGUUGCAACAUAUUGUUGCAAGUCAUAUUAUUUGAGAAAGGUAUGUUUUUGUAAAAUUGGCUGAUGUGCGCAAGGAAGUGCAGUGCCCAAUUUGUUUAGGUAUAAUUCGGAAGACCAGAAAGGUUAUGGAAUGCCUUCAUCGCUUUUGUCGAGAAUGCAUAGAUAAGUCCAUGAGACUGGGGAACAAUGAAUGCCCUGCUUGUCGUGCUCAUUGUGCAAGCCGCCGCUCCUUGAGGGAUGAUCCCAAUUAUGAUGCCCUGAUUGCAAUCUUGUACCCUGACAUUGAUAAAUACGAGGCGGAGGAAUUGGCCUUUCAUGAAGAGGAAAAAGCUCGAAAUAAACAGUCACCUGAACAGAUCCAAGCAUCGAUUGCCCAGACUUCUCGGCGCCAGCUAGAAGCACUGGGAAAGAAGCGUGCAACUGCUAAAGCCACUGCUACAGCAUUUAUGAGGAGAUCACAUGGAAACACGCGAAAUCUCAGAGGAAGGAAAAGUUGGAAAUCUGCUGAACCCCAAGGUUCUGACAAUGAGGUCGACGCCGAUAAUGAUAUUGGCGGCAAAUAUUCAUCUUCUGCAGACGAGCCCACUACGGAAAUCAGACCCAAGAGGUACAAAAGAUGGUCAGGAGCUCAGUCUUCAUUGCCAUCAAGUGGUGCAAAUGGAGGCUGUGAUGACAAUGAGGCAGAAACAACCAGGAAAACUGGCGGUGGAUCUAUCGGGCUUGUUGGCAGCCCAGAAAUUCUAGCCUGGGGUCGUGGCGGCAUGCGGAGUCAUACACGGCAUGGUAGUCAAAAUGGUAGUGCUGGUAAGAGUGCAAAGAACAACCAACUCGCCAAACUGAUUGAUCAUCUCCAAAAGUUACCGCAUAAUGAUGACAAGCUGGAUCUUCAACUGAAGCUACUGUCAUUGGAUGAGCAAAAUAUACCCAAUUUGCAGAAUUUAUACCUUUGCUGUAGCCCGGCCACGUCAACUGCAUAUUUCUGCCAGUAUGUUGCUCUUGAGAAUGGUUUGCGAGCAGACGAGAUCGAGUUAUUUCUGGUGAAGGAGGAGGACCAUUUUGAAGUCCAUCCUUCCUCAGGAGUUGUUACAAAUCCUUUGACAGACGAGUUACAACCGUUGGACGAGCAUCAAAUCUUGUCGGAUCUUACCAAAAUUUCCAGUCACAACAAUCUGACAAUAGCAUACAGGAAGAAAGAAGUGCAAUCAUUGUGAAAUUAAAGCAUGGAAGGUUCUAGAAAUAUGAGAUGGGAGAGAAUGGAUGGUAAUUAAAUGUUAAUUUGGUGCAUGUAGUAAGUAGAAUAACUUUGGUAAAUACAUCAACCAUCUUUCAUACUACACUAGCUAAUAGUUACAAUUACAAACAAAUAACUUCUAGAUCUUAUGUUUCAAGGAUAUGUAUUAUGUGGAUGUGGCGGACUUAGAUUUU